AUGUCGGAAGUCAACAAAGAAUCUGGCUCGGCCAGAUCACGAUCGACAUCUAUAUCCAGCACUGACUCCGAGUCCCGUACAUCAAGAUCAAGAACAGAGUCACGACCUCGAAGCUUGGCAGGCUCUUUGAAAACGAGGCUGCGGUCGUUGUCAAAUCUAGGCAUGGAUCAGAUAGAUCGAAUCCAUUCAGGGCGACACAUCAACGACCAAUCUGUGUACCACAGUGAUGGAUCUAAUGACGAAGAUUCGUCUUUCGAAAACACGACGCCCGACACUAUCCUAGAAGUUAGGAACGGCAUUGUGAAUGAGCGUGAUGUGGAUUUAGAAAAAGGAGAUUCUCAAAAUCCCAAGCUCGAGAAAACAAGGACAGCGAAGUCAAACCGAUCUCGUCAUGAUCAAAAACUAGUUACGUGGGACGGCGAAGAAGAUCCCGAGAACCCAAAGAACUGGAGUAUGAAGAAGAAAUGGGCAGCAACUAUCACCGUUUCGCUAUUCACAUUUAUCUCACCAGUUUCUUCGUCGAUGGUAGCCCCUGCACUUUCAUCCCUCGCAGCUGACUUCAAUGUCACGGAUGAGGUUGUCUCCCAACUCAUGCUUUCAACCUUUGUCCUAGCCUACGCAGUUGGCCCAUUAUUUCUCGGACCACUAUCGGAAAUCUACGGAAGAACGAUCGUUCUUCAACUAGCCAACCUAUUCUUCCUAGUCUUCAAUAUCGGUUGUGCCGUAUCAAAGACGACAGCCCAAAUGAUUGUUUGCCGCUUCUUCGCAGGACUCGGAGGAAGUGCUCCACUAGCAAUUGGCGGCGGAGUUCUUUCAGACUGCUUCCGGCCCGAGGAGCGAGGAAAAGGAAUCGCAAUCUACAGUCUCGCCCCCCUCUUGGGCCCAGCCAUAGGCCCAAUCGCAGGAGGCUUCAUAGCCGAAAACACCACAUGGCGCUGGGUCUUCUAUUCAAUCUCCAUCGCAGACGCCCUCAUCCAAACAAUGGGUCUCUUCUUCCUGAAAGAAAGCUACGGCCCGAAGAUCCUACGCAAUCGCGCUAUCCGCCUGCGUAAGGAAACAGGCGACGAAUCCUACCAAACAGAAGCAGAGCGCCAGAAUAAGACUCUCCUGGAAGUUCUACGCAGCGCUCUCAUCCGCCCUUUCCGCCUGCUCCUCACUCAGCCUAUCGUCCAAGUGCUCGCCCUCUACAUGGCCUAUGUCUACGGAAUCAUGUAUCUUGUUCUCUCGACCUUCCCCUCCCUCUGGACAAGCCCGAAAUACUAUAACGAGUCCAUCGGCAUCGGCGGACUGAACUAUAUCGCCCUCGGUCUGGGCUUCUAUCUCGGCUCGCAGAUCUGUGCUCCCCUCAACGACCGCAUUUACCGCCGCUUGAAAGCGCGCAACAACGGCGUCGGCAGACCGGAGUUUCGCGUGCCGCUCCUCUUUGUUGGCGCCUUCUUUAUCCCAGUCGGCUUGUUUAUCUACGGUUGGACCGCACAGUACCAUUGCCAUUGGAUUGCGCCUAAUAUUGGUGCUGUGCUUUUCGCUGCAGGAACUAUCAUCGCCUUCCAGUGCAUCCAGACUUACAUGGUCGAUACAUAUACGCGGUUCGCGGCGAGUGCCUUGGCUGCUGGAGCGUUCUUGCGCUCACUUGCUGGCUUUGGAUUUCCACUAUUCGCGCCGUAUUUGUAUAAUGCUUUGGAUUAUGGAUGGGGCAACAGCUUGAUGGCAUUCAUAGGUAUUGUCAUUGGAGUACCAGCACCUGUAUUUUUGUGGAAGUUCGGUGAGAAGCUGAGGAAGAAGAGUACAUAUGCUGCUGGAUAA